GAAACAGGCAGCAGAGAAUCGAGAACAAGAAGUGGAAGAGUAAACGGGAAGACAGGAGAGCCUAGCAUCUGUAACUCUGAGAGCAGUCUCCCCCAUCAAAAAGCGGCAAACUGAAUGUUUGUAGGAAUAUUCAUUCCCAUGGAAACAACACAAAGGGCCAAGUGUAAGAAGAAGGAUCACUACUCAUAUAAGAACAGAAAAACCAAAGCCCUGAACAGAGGGAAAGAAACAAGAACAGAGGCACAUCCAUGAAAGCAUGAGGUGGCUUUUAGACAGCAGCUGGAAGAAAUUUGGACAUGCUGACAGAGGAAACUAUGACUGGUUAACCAGUGAACCAGGUGUACCGUUGCUGGAAACACAGCUACAGAGUCAGCAUAAAAUAAGCUCAACGAAAGAAGAUAUAGAGCCAUUCUUAUGCAUCAUCCUGCCAGCUACCAUGAUGCUCUUCCUGGCAUUCCUGCUGCUCUUUCUCUACAGACGCUGCCAGCGUCGGAAUCCUCAGGCUCAAAUCUUCAGCAUUGACCUCCAAGAGUCCCUUCCUGAGCAUGAAGUGACUGACUUCCUCUCAGUGCUGCCCUGGAGCAGCGAGCAAAACUUUCACUACUCCACUCUUCUCCCUGAAACUGCCUUUCUCACGGUAUGCUUGCCUCCAUCCUAUGAGGAGGCCACUAUGAAAGCUUCUAUGGAAGAGGACCACAUCCAGCUCUUUCAAGAUCCAGUGCCUCCUUAUGAAGAGACCAAACAACAGUGA